AAUGUUGGGAAAAGCACCGUGGCUGAAAACUUCGGGAAAAAUGGAAAAAGUAUCUGGCGUAAAAGCUUUAUCCGUGCAUCCGCCUACAAGAUAAGGAACAAAAGGCGAUGGAUCUGCAUUUUGUCACCCUGAAGUUGUUUUAACUGACAAUGGUGUCGACGGAGAGAAAAACGCCAAUUUUCUCGCAAUUCCAUUGAAAGUAUUAUUUACCCCAUGGAGAAAGGAGCCAGUCGGGAGUCAUGAGCACAGGUGUGAAGAAGCCUCCAUUAGCUCCCAAACCUAAACUCCCCGCUACCACCAAACCCUCUCCCCCGCCCAUCGCCCCAAAACCAGGUCUUCUCUCCCAGUCUUCUUCUGCCGUCUCCCAGCCUUCCCCUUCCACUCUCAAGAGAACUAAGCCGGCUGUCGCCCCUAAACCGUGCAUUCCAAAAUCCUCCACCUCGUCUCCCCCUGUUUCACCCCCGCCACCCAAACCCGGUGAAGCCCUUCUCCUAUCUCAGGAACAACAGGAAACUUUGGGAGAGGGCCUCUCGCUUCUCAACUCCAAAAAUGGGAUUUUAUCGGAGGAGAACAAACGACAGUCGGAUUACAUCAUUCCCACUUGCUCCUGCGGGCACGAGGACGGUUCUCAGUCCCGGCGUCUGGAGAACGGAACUACAGCCGAGAAUGGGAGCGAUUCGCACAAAGAGGUGUUGCAGAAUGGGAUUUCUUCAGAAGGACUCCCGGGGGCGAGGGCGCAAGAGCAGGCAGAAAACUGGGAAGAGGAUGGAGCUGUAGAGGAGAAGAUCGAAGGUGGAGAUAGGAGCAAAAAGCCCAGGGACAAACCUCAAAGACAAAGACACCUGGACAGGAGUUUGGUAACCAAAGAGGCACAGAGGACUGAGGAGCAGAAGGAGCACACCUCAGAGACUGUUCAACAUCAGGAAAGUGCUGCUGCUGCUGAGCCUGAUGUUUCAAAAGCGGAGGUACACAAUGAGACACAAAGCACACCUUUAACAAACUCGAAUUCAGCCUGUGAUGUUGCAGGCAGCAUCACAUUCCUCUCUACUCCUCCUGAGUUGACUGGAGAGUAUUUUCAGACAGAGCACAGGGAGCCUCCCGCCAGGCUACAGCCGGAUCUGCAAGUCCCUGCAGCCCCCAGUAAGCCCCUUCCGGUCCCUCAGCCGCGUAGACUUAAGAAGCCGGCCCUGGUGAGGCAGGAUGGCUUGGAGGGCAGCGCCCAGGAUCACCUGGUGGAUGAGGCGCAGGGGGCUGAGGGGAGUCUAGCUGGUCUGUCUCUCGGUUCAGCGGAGCUAAAGCGGCGCUCGUGUGAGGACAUGUUACACCAAAAAGACUCCGGUGCGGGAGACGAUGAAAUCAACGCUCCUGUCCCCCCACCUCGUCAGACCUCGCUCUCUCCUCGCCUCCACAGGACAGUCCACCUGCCUCCCUUCUCUCUCAAUAAAAACACCUCCCACUCCUUAGGUCUGCUCUCACACCCCGACCCGGUGAGCCACGCGAAGGACUGCGUGGACGAGGAAGAGGAGGACGGGUACGGGGACUUUGAGCGCUACCCGAUCACGCACAGCCUCCCCAAGCAGAUCAAACUGGGCUGCCAUCCUCCGCUGGUUAUCGCCAGGAAAGCCUUCUCCGCCGAGGACCAGCAGUCGCCGAGAGCACCGCCGAGGAAACCUCAGAGACACAGCCUGCCGGCCCCGACUCCGCCUUCCAUCUGCCCCCCUGCACCCCCGCAUGCCAACACCCCCAUGAGGGCGUUACCUGCGCCUCCCCAGGAGAAGACGCCGUGGCGCUUCACCUUCUUCAGCCGGCAGAUACCUUCCCGGAGCAGCGUGCCGCCGAAAGGCAGAGCCCCGGCGCUGGGGGGCAAGCAGAGGGCGCAGUCCUUCUCCGCAGCAGACCUGGCAACCCGGGCCGACUCGCACAAGAGGAGCCUUUCUUUCCGGAAACUGCUGGAGCUCCGGCUGUCGGUCAAGAUGCUGCCCAAGCUGCUCGCCAAGGGAGGACAGUCCCUGGACUGUACCAGCGUGGAGUCGAACCGGGGGGAGAAGAGCCUGGAGCGGCCCAGGAGCUGCAUAGGGGAGUCCGAUGUGUGCGGAGAGGACGGGGACGGGUCAGUGGAGUACGAGAACGUCCCGCUGUACGAGGAGAUCCCGGAGUACAUGAACCUGCCGUUUCACAGCGGGAGGCUGGGCUGGCCUCAUGACUCUGACGAUUCCGACAUCUAUGAAGUACAGGAUCCCUAUCACAGAUACCAGGACCAUGAGUAUGAGAGCGGCUGGCUGAGACAGGACAUCCACUCAGAGGAGGAGGAGAUCCACAGCUCAGACGAAGAGGACAACAGCUCCAGCUCCAGUAAAGAGCACCUGGACGAGGCAGACAGACAGCAGGAGGACGAGAUGAAGAGGAAGAAGGUGGUGCACAUCGCCCAGGAGAUCAUGAGCUCCGAGAAAGUGUUUGUGGACGUCCUAAAGCUUCUUCACAUAGACUUUCGGGAUGCUGUUGCCAAGGCGACGCGUCAGAAUGGGAAGCCGGUGGUGGAUGAGCGGAUCCUCAGUCAGAUCCUGUAUUACCUGCCGCAGCUCUACCAGCUCAACAGAGACCUGCUGAGGGAGCUGGAGGAGAGGGUGGCACACUGGAGCGAUCACCAGAGGCUGUCGGACAUCUUUGUGCAGAAGGGUCCGUACCUGAAGAUGUACUCCACCUACAUCCGGCAGUUCGACAACAACGUGGCUCUGCUGGACGAGCAGUGCAGGAAGAACACAGCGUUCGCCGCCAUUGUCAAAGAGUUCGAGAUGAGUCCGAGAUGUGCCAGCCUGGCCCUGAAACACUACCUGCUGAAACCAGUGCAGAGGAUCCCUCAGUACCAGCUGCUGCUCACAGAUUAUCUGAAAAACCUUCCAGAGGACUCUGAGGAUUAUAAAGACACACAAGCCGCCCUCAGCAUCGUGAAAGAAGUGGCCAACCACGCUAACGAUAUCAUGAAACAAGGGGAUAACUUUCAGAAGCUGAUGCAGAUUCAGUACAGCCUCAACGGUCACCAUGAGAUCGUUCAGCCGGGCAGGGUGUUUCUGAAGGAGGGCACUCUCAUGAAGCUGUCCAGGAAAGUCAUGCAGCCUCGGAUGUUUUUUCUGUUCAAUGAUGCGCUCAUGUACACAACUCCGGUCCAGUCUGCCCAGUAUAAACUCAACAGCGUGCUCUCUCUCGCUGGGAUGAAGGUGAGUAAGCCCAGUCAGGAGGCGUAUCAGAACGAGCUGAACAUCGAAAGUGUGGAGCGCUCGUUCAUCCUGUCUGCCAGCUCUGCUACAGAGAGAGACGAGUGGCUGGAGGCCAUCGCCAAGGCGAUAGACGACUACACGAAGAAGAAAAUCACCUUCAUAUCAAGCCGAAGUCAGGAGGAGGCGGAGGGUGUUGUCGACAGCGGGGCCCCGUUAGGUUCAAAGGCCCCCAUCUGGAUCCCGGACCUGAGGGCCACCAUGUGCAUGAUCUGUACCUGCGAGUUCACGCUCACCUGGAGGAGGCAUCACUGUCGCGCCUGUGGAAAGGUGGUGUGUCAGGCCUGCUCGGCCAAUAAGUACUACCUGGAGUAUUUGAAGAACCAGCCCGCACGCGUGUGUGAUCACUGCUUUGCCAAGCUGCAGGAGAACAGUGACCGCUGUGCUUCAACAUCAGUCUCUCCGAUCAAAUCUGGAGCUUUCUCCUUCACGAGGAAACAGAAGAAGAUUCCUGCUGCACUAAAAGAGGUGUCGGCCAACACAGAGAACUCCUCCAUGAGCGGUUACUUAAACCGGUCAAAAGGCAACAAGAAGCAGUGGAAGAGGCUGUGGUUUGUCAUCAAGAAUAAAGUCCUGUACACCUACGCUGCCAGUGAGGAUGUUGCAGCGUUGGAGAGUCAGCCCUUGUUGGGUUUUUUCCUGCGGGAGGAGAAGAACGGUCCGGCUCAGAAGCUGCAGUUUAAACUGUAUCACAAAAACACUCUGUUCUACAUCUUUAAAGCUGACGACAUCCCGACUGCUCAGAGAUGGAUCGAAGCGUUCCAGGAGGCGAUGAUUCUUGAACAGUGAGUCGCUCAGACGACAGUGAAGUCAAACCGCAGCAGCAGAGCCGGUGCAUAGCAAACGUACGACCCCCGACUGAUCGCAGUUCAGAGUUUUUACCGGCUCAGGAAGAACCCGGGAUGUUUAAAAAAAAAGAAAAAAAGAAAACUGGAUUCUGUUUGAAACUUACUCUCUACUGUGGAGAUCAGAGUUAAGUUUGUUGCAGCUGUGGGUCAAAGAUCAAGUUUUUAAAAAAACGUGUCCGUGGAAGUGAGACAGGACAGUCCUCCAGGAAGAUUUUAAAGACCUCGGGAAAUCCUGGGAAGUCUGGGAAACCACUUGGAACUCCAAACAGAUGAAGAAACGAAGAAUCGAAAAAACUCUCCACAAUCAUUCCAUCAUGUUUGUAUCGGCCACACCUUUCAAAUCUAAGGUGUCAUUUUGUGGAGGUGAAUUAUAAACACAGGAUUUAAAAAGCCCACUCUAAUCACUGAGGGAAAUUAAUCAUGAUUAAAGGUGGGAUUUUACUGUGAAAAUCCGACUUUUACGAAGACACUAAAAGUUGAUGCUCUGCUUUUUAGGUUGAUCUCUCUGGUUUAGAGAUACUACUCCUGUGUGUUUGUUUGUUUUUUAAGUUCAAAAAUUAAUAUCAUCGGGUUAAAAAACAUCCUGGAGAAAACUGGAAAUGUCACGAGUAAUGUAGAUAUUUGACAUCCAGUUUCAUAUGUGUGUUUUUGCCUGUUUCAGCAAACUGGGUGAAACUGUGUAUAUGGACAUGACAGAGCAUCUUUGACCUUUUUUUUUUAUAUAUAGCCAAGAGCUAAUAUUUAUGAAAUAAGAAGAUUUAUUGUGUGAAAAAGCACAGGUUGCCACUUAUUUUGGGAGUCAGGGUUUGUUGGGAAAUAUAUUCCAUCAAAACCGUUUAUUCUCUUAAGGCCUAAGAGGAAAGGAGCUUCUUUUUUUUAUCAGAAAAAUCCUACAAUUAAGAACUAUAUGUCCAUGGAAAUGUUUCAAAGGAAGAAAACAUUUGAGUUUCGGUGCUUGUUUUGCAGACAUUGUGCCUUUCAGCUCCACUUUUUGAGAUUUAUUGCAAUAACAAAUAGGAUGCUCUAUUUGAAAUUCAAAAUGAACAAAUUCAAGUGUAGGCAUCCAGUCACUUUCUAGUCAGGGUACUGUGGGUUAGCAUCGUUUAAAACAAUCAUUUUUUAAUUCUGUUUCCUGUUUAGGUUGCUGUACAGUAUGUUGCACUACACCAUUAGGAGUUAAUGACUCGGUUUGAGAAGCCUAAAUCUUACUUUUCUAGUGAAGGAAUUAAACUGUUAAUCCUGUCUUUGGGCUGGUGAUGUAUGAAAAUGCUAGUAAAAAAAAAAAAAAACCUACCAAGCAUGAGUUUUUCCAGUGAUUGUACAUUAACAUUUUGUAAACAUCCACUCUUUCAGAGUAAGAGUCUCCUAUAAACAAUGAUUCUAAACUGUCAGGCAACAGUUUUUAAUAAAAAAAAUAUAUAUAAAUAAA